UAUAAUACACUGGACAUCUCGAAUGGCCUGGAUGAUACUGGAUCCAUUCGGUGGCCAUUGUUUGGGUGUCUGACCUUCACCUAUGUCACCAUGUACGUCAUGCUGUUUAAAGGCAUAAGAGUCACGGGCAAGAUCGUGUACGUCACCUUCAUGUGCCCGGUGCUGGUGUGUGCGGUCUUCCUCAUACGGGGCUCCUUGUUGCCAGGGGCGACAGAUGGACUGUUUUAUCUGAUAAGACCAGACUUUGAGAAGUUGAAAAGACCCAACAUAUGGAUCGAAGCGUGUGGCUACGCCCUUCACUCCAUGGGCACCAGCACUGGCAUCGCCAACACCAUUUCCAGUCACAAUCAGCGAAACAGUAACUGCUACAGAGUGGCGAUGGUUUUGUGUAUCGUGGACCCCCUGAUCACCAUCUUCUGUGGACUGUCCAUGUUCACGGUGUUGGGGCACAUGGCGCACGUGACCGGGUCCAACAUGGAUGACUUUCAGUCGUCAGGUAUAAUUAUGGGGUAA